AUGGCUCGGCAGUGCUCGAGAGGAACCUUGGGAGCAUUGGCCUCACUUUUGGACCGGCAACUCGCAUCUGUGCCGGAGACAUCAACUGUAUAUCCUCUCCUUGGACGGGCUCAUGACUCUCUGAACGGGUCGUCGAAGCACUACAACAUCUCCCAUCCGGUCUAUCUUGGCUCGGACUACGAUGCCUCGACCACAAAUCUGUCGUACUCCAUCCCUUCGACCAAGGACUCGCAAGACCAUGUGGAGUUGACGUUGUCCUUUCUCUCGCCUAUAACACCGACCUCAACCCUACGGCAGGCCAUCCCGGCAAGCUACUUGGCUGUACAUGCGAAGGGCGACUUCGACGUUAGCAUCUACGUUGACCUAAACGGACAAUGGGUUAGCGGAGACCGGGAUGCUGACAUCGUCUGGUCUAUCGACGAGCCUAAGACCGAGUCGGAGGACGAUGUGCAGCUGAAGACCUUCAGAGUCAAGAGGAAGCACGAAUUACUCUUCUCUGAGAAAAGGCAGCAGGCAGAAUGGGGCGAGCUGCACUUUACUGGCCCCAAGGAUGCUACCCACGAAUGCGGCACAUCCUCCGCUCUACGGCAGCACUUCGCCACGCACGGCCUUCUGAGCGACACAGUCGACGACAAGUACCGCUCAAUCAUGGACGAUGAGCCUGUCUUUGGCUUCAGCAAGACCUUCAACCUUAGCUCCGACCACAACAUCACUUCACACCACCACUCCUCACCCGCCGAAUCCAGCGUCCUCUUCACCAUCGCCCACCUCCAAGACCCAGUAACCCAGUUCGCUUCCGCCCGCGGCCUGACCUUCAUGCGGCCGCUUUGGAAAUCCUACUUCUCUACUGCCACCUCCCUAAUCCACUUCCACUACUCCGACUACCACCACGCCUUGGCACUCGCUGCGAACUACUCGUCCCAACUCAGGCUUGACGCCGUUACCUCCGUCCCCAAUUCAUCCUACCCCGAGCUCGUCCCUCUAACCCCUCGUCAAGUCCUCGGCGCCACUGUCUUCUCCGGCACACCAGACUCGCCUCUCUUAUUCCUGAAAGAGAUCUCUUCGAACGGCAACAGCCAAACGAUCGACGUCAUCUUCCCUGCCUUUCCGUUCUUCCUCUACACCCAACCGCGAUGGCUAGCCUACUUACUCGAGCCGCUGCUGGAGCAUAUGGGAAGCGGGCAGUAUCCGAACGACUACGCGAUGCAUGAUCUGGGAGCACACUUUCCGAAUCUGACUGGGCAUCCUCUGGGGAAUGAUGAGUACAUGCCUGUAGAGGAGUGUGGAGAUAUCGUAAUCAUGGGGCUAGCUCUACUAAACAGCCUGAAGCAUGGCUCCGACCACCUCCCUGUGUCGCCCUGGAGCGCUCUCGGCAGCUCUAAAACGCCUCCCGACCUCGCCACCCUACCAGCAGACGCCUCUCCCUUCGCCCUUUCACACGAAACCCGAGACGCAAUCCCCUUCCUCGACACCGCCUGGUCCAGCCCCCUCUCCUCCCACCAAGCCAACCACUACCUCAUCCGCACCUACCCCCUCUUCCGCCGCUGGACAUCGUACCUAAUCUCCUAUUCCCUCUACCCGGAGAACCAGCUCUGCACCGACGACUUCGCCGGCUGGCUGCCCUUACAAACCAAUCUCGCUCUGAAAGGUAUCGUCGGGAUUAGGGCGAUGAGUCAGAUGGCUGGUAUGCUGGGCAAAGAGGAAGAGAGGAGGGAUUUAAGGAAUGUGAGUGAGACGUACGUCAAGGUCUGGGAAGAGGAGGGCAUGGCGAGGGAUGGGGGGAGGGCGAAGUUGAGUUAUGGGUGGGAGGGGAGUUGGACUACUUUGUAUAGUCUUUUUGCGGAUGCUGUGUUGUGCUUUCAUCCCGAUGGCGGAGACGGAGGAGCGGUUGACGAGCCGUCGGCGCAAUUACCCUUGCCACGGGGGUCGGAAGACCAGCAACCUCUACACCAGAGCCCACGCCCUGGACCCGACCUUCGGAAUAAGACUUCGAACAACUUUAUCCCUGACCACAUCUACACCACCCAGUCGACCUGGUACCAGACCGCGAUCCAAAAUUACGGCCUCCCACUGCAAGUACUCCCCACCCCUGCACAGUCACUCAGGUCUCUAACACUGUCAAAGCGACUCCCGCCACCUCUACACCAAAUCCGACUGGGCGUUCCAAGCCGCAUCCGUCGCUUCGCCCUCAACCCGACACGCGAUUGUCGAGGCGAUCGCGAAGUGGGUUAA